AUGGAAGAAGAAGCGAUCGUCGCCACCGUCUGCACCGCAGACAUACCCAUCUCAACUCUGAACUCCAUCCGCGCCGCAUCCCAGAACUUCAACACCGCGGGCCCACCCUCCGUCAUCGUCCUGGACAGGGCCGACCGCGAGCGCAUUCAACAGCUGACGAGAGACUCCACCACACAAGGUCACGUCGAUGAGGGUUUUGUCUCCCCCUUCGUGGGAAUGACACCCACCGAGGUCGUCCACUUCGUCGCCGAGAAGGCUCAAAGACACCGUUAUCAGCGAGUUCGACGUCUACAUCGCGGACGAGCGCACCAUCCUCGUCCAGACACUGCUACUAGUGGGGCUUAA